AGUUCGAAAGCAAACGUUGAACGCGUAAGACUCUGGAGACGGGUUCUAUAACAAAUACCUGAAGGGGCGGCGUACAGCGGUCAUUUACUUUGUUGUUUCGAAAAUAAGGAAGUGCAUUUUGUUGUUUUAAGUCAAAAGAUUGCCAGAGCCAAUUUGGAAAAUGGGUUGCGCCACAACCAGUGUAAAGAUUACCUCUAUCGUGGUAAAUGCUAUUUUGGCGUUUCUCGCAGUGGGCGCGAUUGGCUGGAUAGCCUUCAAUGCGGAUACGGAGGGCGAGGAGUUUGUCAUCACCGCCUACGUGGCAUGCGCCUUAAUUUUGCUGUUUGCCUGUCUGGGCAUAUUUGCAGCCAUUCGAGAGUCGGUCAUCCUAACCGCAGCGUGUGCUGUGUUUCUGCUUGUGCUGGCCAUACCGCAAAUAGUAGCCACCUUUAUCUUUAUACACGGUUUUGAUGCACAGACAACUCAGUCAGCCCAGACAACUGUGGAAGUCGCCUGGCAGGCCAACAACAUGGACGGGCUACAGCAGAAGUAUGAGUGCUGUGGCAAGACGAGCGCCCAGGACUACGUCCAUCUCAGCCAACCGGUGCCACCCAGCUGCUACGAGGACCUAAAGCAGGUGCCGGAUCACCUCUUUGUCGCCGGCUGCAUUGAGAAGCUUCAGAGCCACUUUGAGAGCGAUAGGACACGUUUUAUAAUCGUCUCCUGGGUGCUGGUCGUUUUCGAGUUGCUGUGCUUUUUCUUGGCCGUCUUUUUGGCCAUCAGUUUCCGCAAUAAGCAGCGGCGCAUGGAAUUUUAAUGGCCAACUGCUGACUGGUGACAGCGAUGCCGUGAGUACAAAACUGGACCGGACAGUGCCUCGAACAAUUACGCCCGUUCGUUGGGCUGGAGGAUAUUAAGUAUUUGAUGAUUUGUGCUUUGCCUAUUCGAGCAUAAAUUUUAUUUUCUAACCAAAAACAUAUGCAUACAAAUGCAAAUGCAAUCGUUUUACUAUAAAUGCUACAACAUAAGCUAAGUACUUAGGUAAUUUAUGUAGCUCUAACUAUUUAUAAAUUAAAUACAAAUAUAUAUGUGUGUGU